AUGCCGAAGGGCUCAAGGCAAUAUCACGGAAAGACGAAGAACGGGUGCCGACAGUGCAAGAAGCGCCGUGUCAAGUGCGACUGCGUCGGUCCUGUAUGCGCCAAUUGUCGCCGUCGCCAAGAACACUGCAGUUAUCUUGGACUGCUCGCAGACGCCCUGAACCGCGAGAAUGGAGAGAAAGCUAGCGAUGCCCUGAGCAUGGUCCGCCGUGCAGCCACGGUCGCGGCACAUGCGUCUUCGCGGGAUGCCCUCAGCGCCUCAUUACCUGCCGAGAAGCUCCGUGCCGACGAGGCCGAGCUCAAGCACCACUUUCUGAACGAAGCCUGGUUCACAUUUUCGUUACAGAGCGAUCCCCGAAAGUGCGACGUGUGGUCGCGAUGGGUGCCCCAGCUGGCGUCCCGCAACGUAUUUAUACACCAGAGCAUGCUCUCCAUCGCGGCUCUACAUCUUUGCUACCUCGAGCCGCCAAAUACGAAGCGGUACUACUCGAUGGCUUGUCAACACGCCAUACAAGCGAGCAACUACUUUAGGCUUGCUGUUCCUCAGGUCACGGAGGAGAACUGGCUAGCAACCUUUGUAUUUUCCAUGUGCAACGGCAUUUUUGGGUACUACCGGCCCUUUGCUGACGAGAAGGUGAUGGGACAAGCCAACACGUUUGAGCCCUGCAAAGCCCUCACAGUAAUGCGGGUGGCGGCCAGGUUUUCGGAUACGGUCACACCACACGUCUACAAGAGCCCGAUUCGCGAUAAGCUGGCACAAGUAGACAUCAAAGAAUGGCGCGACAGCAGCGAUGUACUGUUACGACUGCCCCUGCUAAAGAUUGCCAAGUUCGUCGAGUUCCUGUGUCUUGGUCCCGAGUCGACCGGAGUACAAGUCGAGGACAUCAAGAUAUGCCUAGGCGCUUUGGGUGCGCUCAAAUCCUGGAUCAUGUCCCUUCCCGGGCGGCCGAGGGUAUGGAAGCACUUCAUCAUCUGGCCGUCACUAGUGUCGGAGCAGUACCUCUCGCUCCUGAGGCUCAAAGAGCCCGUGGCACUGAUGAUCUUUGUUACCUGGAUCGAGGUCAUGUUCCUUGCGCCCAAGAGAUGGUUUCUCAUGCCCUGGUACGACCGCGGGCACGCCAGCGCGAUGGCGGAGCUCGGGAAGCAAGUGGAUACACCAGCCCGUCGUUUCUGGGACGUGCUACAGGCCGAGGACAGUCAGUCUGAUACCACAGGAGAGGAUUCUGAAGGAAGCGUGGAGUGGGCGAGUAGUCCUUCCAUUGCCAGGAGCGACGACGGAGGGCGACGGAGAGGUGGCAUCGUCUUGUUGUCAAAUGGAGAGGAAUAUGUCGGGCAGGAAAAGGGCUGCAGUGGUAGCAAAGCCUACCUGGGCGCUCCGGCAUUGGCGCAAAAGGCAAACUGA